CAGCGCUACUCAGAGGAAAUCAAGUAGUAAGGUCAAUUCAUCCGCACUGAGAGCGAUGCAUCGCUAUUAUUAUCUUCUGCUUCAAGGAUUCUUUUUGCUUGUUUCCGACGAGGAAUUUUCGUUUCUCAAUAAUGGAGCGAUGUAUCAAGUGAACGCCUUCAAAACCAAACGCAUUUGCCAGGACGACCUGAUGCACAUAAAUUGUACGGCCCCCAAGGUGCUCAAGAUCUACCAUGUAUCCUACUGUCAAACGAAAAGUGACAAUUGCAUAAGGAAAACUGAAUCUUGUGCUCCUGAUAAUAAGACAAGUUUGAUAAGAAAGCAUUGCAACGGACACGAGGAGUGCAAUGUCACAGUCGAUACGAGUACCAUGGGAGACAAUUGUCCAAACAUGUCGGCCCUCAAGUAUCUGAAUGUCAUAUAUGGCUGCGGUGAGUAA